GAGAUUCAAGAGGCACUGUACAGCUUAUGCUUUCUCAUCCUCUCCACAUACACUCUACGCUCUAUUUUGUACUUCGUCGUUAGGCUACAAAGGCUGCGGCCAGUUAUCCAAAUCUAGUUCAUUUCAACUCAUUUUACAAUAUAUUUUUUUGUAACAAAGAAGAAUACGAUCGGGUGGAAAGAUAGGCUGAAUAAACGGCCCGUUGUGUCCGAUGUCUAGUGCUGAAAUCGACAAUUCCGUUGAGCCCCCAGCCAAGAAGCGGAAGGUUGCUUCAGGAGAAUCCGCAGUGAAAUCCGUCUCUCAGGCUAGUGCAGACAUGGCGAAGAAUGGAUCUUCUUCUCAUAAUGAGGAAAUCGACGAAGGAUUAUACUCACGUCAACUUUAUGUGCUCGGGCACGAUGCUAUGCGUCGGAUGGCCGUUUCCGAUGUACUAAUUUCUGGCCUAGGUGGACUUGGUGUAGAAAUAGCAAAGAACGUUAUAUUAGGAGGUGUAAAGUCGGUUACAUUACAUGAUGAGAGUGUUUGCACCGUAUCUGAUUUGUCUUCACAAUUCUACUUAUCGGAAGCUGAUAUAGGUAAGAAUCGAGCUGAAGCAUGUCGCCAGCAAUUAUCCGAAUUGAACAAUUAUGUUCCGACUAAGGCUUACGUCAAUCAAUUAACCGAUGAUUUUAUCAAACAGUUCAGUGUAGUAGUGCUUACUAAUAGUUCUUUGGAAGAACAGUUAAAAAUUUCUGAGGUUACUCAUGCUAAUGAUAUUGCAUUGAUUGUCGCCGAUACUAGAGGUGUAUUUGCUCAAGUGUUUUGUGACUUUGGUCCCAAGUUCACAGUAGUAGAUGUGAAUGGAGAGAACCCUGUAUCCGCUAUGGUUGCUGGCAUAUCAAAAGAUACUGAAGGUGUCGUUACUUGUUUGGAUGACACUCGUCACGGAUUGGAGGAUGGGGAUUACGUCAAAUUCUCAGAAGUGGAUGGUAUGGUUGAGUUAAACAAUUCUGAACCUAGAAAAAUUAAAGUUCUGGGAACCUAUACGUUCAGUAUCGGUGAUACAACUAAUCUGACAGAAUACUCUCAUGGUGGAAUUGUAACACAAGUUAAAAUGCCAAAAACCCUCACUUUCAAAUCUUUGAAGGAGUCGUUGAGCAGUCCUGAAUUUUUGAUAACUGACUUUGCGAAGUUUGACCAUCCAUCACAGCUGCAUUUAGCUUUUCAAGCUCUUCAUCAGUUUAUUAGUAAACAUGGAAGAACUCCCAAGCCUUGGAAUGACGCCGACGCUAGUGAAUUUGUUGGAAUCGUUAAAACUUUACAAUCAGAAGGCGGUGAUGACUUGAAUAAUGAGCUGUUAACUACAUUUUCUAAAGUUUGUUCUGGAAACUUCAACCCAAUCAAUGCUACAAUUGGUGGAAUCGUCGCACAAGAGAUCAUGAAGGCAUGUAGCGGUAAGUUCCACCCAAUUUUUCAGUGGUUGUAUUUUGAUGCUAUUGAAUGUCUACCUGAGAGUUUAAAUGAAGCAGAUUGUCAGCCUGUCGGAGCUCGCACUGAUGGCCAGACUGCGAUUUUUGGAUCGCAGUUUCAAAACAAAUUGGGCGCUCUCAAGUACUUUGUUGUGGGUGCUGGUGCUAUUGGAUGUGAACUACUGAAAAACUUUGCAAUGAUGGGAAUCGGCGCUAAUGGAGGUCAAGUUACAGUCACAGACAUGGAUCUCAUUGAAAAGUCAAAUUUGAAUCGUCAGUUUCUGUUUCGUCCUCAAGAUGUCCAGAGAGCUAAAUCUGUCACUGCUGCUAGAGUAGUCAAAAAAAUGAAUCCAAACAUGAAUGUUGUUGCUCAUGAGAAUAGAGUGGGGCCUGAAACUGAGAAAACAUACGAUGAUGCCUUCUUUGAAAAUCUUGAUGGAGUAGCCAAUGCUUUGGACAAUGUUGAUGCUCGUAUUUACAUGGAUCGUCGGUGUGUCUACUAUAGGAAACCGCUAUUGGAAUCAGGAACACUGGGCACUAAAGGAAAUAGCCAGGUUGUUGUUCCAUUUUUGACUGAAUCAUACAGUUCAUCUCAAGAUCCUCCUGAGAAAAGUAUCCCUAUUUGCACUCUCAAAAACUUCCCCAAUGCAAUUGAGCAUACAUUGCAAUGGGCCAGAGAUAGCUUCGAAGGACUCUUCAAACAGAAUGCAGAGAAUGCUGCUCAGUACUUGGAUGAUCCGAACUUCAUUGAACAAACAUUGCGUCUACCUGGAGUGCAACCUGUAGAGAUUCUGGAAUCAGUGAAAGCAGCCCUCGUCGAUGAACGUCCCCAAUCAUUUGAAGAUUGUGUUGCAUGGGCUCGUAAUCAUUGGGAAGAACAAUAUUCAAACCAAAUCAAGCAACUUCUAUUCAACUUCCCGCAAGAUCAACUGACGUCGAGCGGCCAGCCGUUCUGGUCGGGUCCCAAGCGGUGUCCAGCUCCAAUCACAUUCAGUGUCGACAACAGUCUCCAUCUUGAUUAUGUACUGGCCGCUGCCAACCUCAAAGCUGAAGUCUAUGGUAUUCCACAAAACAGAAAUCGCGAUGAAAUUGCACAGAUUGUAUCUAAAGUGAAAGUUCCUGAGUUCACGCCUAAAUCUGGAGUGAAGAUUGCCGUAACCGACUCGCAGGUACAAAUGGGCAGCGAUGGCAACGUCGAUAACGACAGAAUUGGCCAGCUGAAACGAGAACUGCCUUCCAGAGAGCAGAUGAAGACCAUUCGCAUCACGCCGCUGGAGUUCGAGAAGGAUGAUGACAAUAACUUGCACAUGGACUUCAUUGUGGCCGCCUCGAAUCUGAGAGCAGCCAACUACAAUAUCGCGCCAGCCGACCGCCACAAGAGCAAGCUGAUUGCCGGCAAAAUCAUCCCGGCCAUCGCCACAACUACAUCGGUGGUCGCCGGCCUCGUGUGCAUCGAACUCAUCAAGCUGGCCAAGGGCUGCAACAAGUUGGAGUCGUUCAAGAACGGCUUUGUCAACCUGGCGCUGCCGUUCUUCGGCUUCUCGGAGCCGAUCGCCGCGCCUAAACUCAAGUUCUAUGACACAGAGUGGACUCUGUGGGACCGGUUCGAGGUGGAGGGCGAAAUGACCUUGUCCGAGUUCAUCGACUACUUCAAGAAGGAGCACCAGUUGGAGAUCACGAUGCUAUCGCAGGGCGUGUGCAUGCUGUACUCGUUCUUCAUGGACAAGGUGAAGCGCCAGGACAGGUUCAACCUGCCCAUGUCUGAGGUGGUGCGCAAGGUCUCCAAGAAGAAGCUCGAGUCGCACGUGAAGGCGCUGGUGUUCGAGCUCUGCUGCAACGACAACGAUGGCAACGACGUUGAAGUGCCCUAUGUGCGUUACACUCUCAAAUGAGAAGGUACCAAUCCAAUAUAUUUAUAUAUCUAUCAAAACGAACUCUACAAUUUAUUUUCUCUCAUUUUUGUAUCUUAAAUUAACAUUUUUGAGUGAUAUAAGCCAAUAUAUUUUUUCUAGAGUUCAAUUGUGUGAUACUACUUUCAAUUUUCGUCUACAAAUGUUUAGAACACUUUCAAAAUUUAUUAUCGAGUGCAAUCAGUAGAAAGCUUUGAGUUUCUAAUAUCUCUCUUCACGUAUGAAAUUCACAAUAAUUCAAAUACAGUUCUAGCUUUGCAUUGAAGCCUAGUGAGAAACCUUCAAGUGUUUUCUUAUACUAAUAAUUUCCAUGUUAUGCUUUAAUUUACUGAUUUCAUAGGCUGAACAAUCAUGGCCUGUACAUUCUGAAUCCACUGUUGUAAAAUAGAGAAGUGAUAACUGAUAUUUGAUGAGAUGAUAAUAAUAAUAAAUUAAGAUUUCUAAUACAAUAAGAAAGUGUCAAGUGAGUUAUUGCAAUACCAAUAGAACACCAGUAUAUCUCAUUAUUCAUUUGCAUAAAAAUGAAUAGCAAACCCAAGUAGACAAGACUGACAAAGUAUCAUAGUAUUGAUACUUGUGGUACAAUUGUAAAACAACUCUUUCUAGAAAACCGAAUAGGCUACACAUUUCAAUUUUAUACAAUUGUAAUAAUUGUGACUGUACAAGAAUAAAACAGGUUAUUGGA